GCGUGACCUCCAGCCUGGGCGGCUGUGUGAGGGCCUGAGAGCUGUCCCCGGUGUGGGAGGAGGAAGUGCUGUCAGCGGUUUCUGUCGGUGAGAGGUGUUCGGUAAGGAGGUGCCUGGGGUAAUGUAUGCCGUGCGGUGCCGUUAUAGUGCAGGGGGAGAGGCCAGCACUCCAGAUAGCUAAUAUAGUCAUUGUAACAAAGCUCGCAAUGGGGAUGGAGACUGGCACCGUUAUCAAUAGGGAUAGAGACUAUUAUACUCAUUGUCUAUAGCCAACACAGCAUCAACAUCCCUGGGCUACCCAGCAUUAACAUCACUGGGCUACCCAGCAUUAACAUCCCUGGGCUACCCGGCAUUAACAUCCCUGGGCUACCCAGCAUUAACAUCCCUGGGCUACCCAGCAUUAACAUCCCUGGGCUACCCAGCAUUAACAUCCCUGGGCUACCCAGCAUUGACAUCCCUGGGCUACCCGGCAUUAACAUCACUGGGCUACCCAGCUUUAACAUCCCUGGGCUACCCGGCUUUAACAUCACUGGGCUACCCAGCAUUAACAUCCCUGGGCUACCCAUCAUUAACAUCCCUGGGCUACCCAGCAUCAACAUCCCUGGGCUACCCAUCAUUGACAUCCCUGGGCUACCCAGCAUUAACAUCCCUGGGCUACCCAGCAUCGACAUCCCUGGGCUACCCAGCAUUGACAUCCCCGGGCUACCCAGCAUUAACAUCCCUGGGCUACCCAGCAUCAACAUCCCUGGGCUACCCAUCAUUAACAUCCCUGGGCUACCCAGCAUCGACAUCCCUGGGCUACCCAGCAUUAACAUCCCUGGGCUACCCAGCAUCAACAUCCCUGGGCUACCCAUCAUUAACAUCCCUGGGCUACCCAGCAUCAACAUCCCUGGGCUACCCAUCAUUAACAUCCCUGGGCUACCCAGCAUUGACAUCCCCGGGCUACCCAGCAUUAACAUCCCUGGGCUACCCAGCAUUAACAUCCCUGGGCUACCCAGCAUCAACAUCCCUGGGCUACCCAUCAUUAACAUCCCUGGGCUACCCAGCAUCGACAUCCCUGGGCUACCCAGCAUUAACAUCCCCGGGCUACCCAGCAUCUACAUCCCUGGGCUACCCGGCAUCGACAUCCCUGGGCUACCCGGCAUCGACAUCCCUGGGCUACCCGGCAUCGACAUCCCUGGGCUACCCGGCAUUAACAUCCCUGGGCUACCCGGCUUUAACAUGACUGGGCUACCCGGCAUCAACAUGACCGGGCUACCCGGCAUCAACAUCCCCGGGCUACCCGGCAUCAACAUCCCCGGGCUACCCGGCAUCAACAUCCCCGGGCUACCCGGCAUCAACAUCCCCGGGCUACCCGGCCUUAACCCCGCUGGGCUAGCCGGCAUCAACACUGGGCUUCAAAAAGGGCAGAGCUGUAUUCUUGCAGGGUCAUUUUUGGAAAACUGAGGUUAAAAUAAGCACGCUGUGCAUUUAAAGGAUAAUUUUUCCAAAUCUGCUGAUUUAACCCCUGUUUUGCCAUGUAGUAGAUUUAGUUUGCUAAAAUGUGCAGUUUAGUGAAUAACCCUAUCAGAUAAUUUUUUUUGGAAAUUCUGGUUUGGUGAAUAAUCCUGAUGAAGGUUUAUUCACUUAAAGGGACACUUUAGACCACUAAAGCACUGUAGCUUGGUGAAAAUCUUUUUGUGUGAAGAGUGUUAUUUUUCAUGUUUCAAAAAGAGCAGAUUUAAUUAGAAAUAGACACUUUUCUUUUUAGGAACAAACUUGGUUACAGUCCUCUGGCUGUUAAGCACACAACAGGUCUGUUACUUCCUGGUUUGGUUAGCUUAGUGGUGCCAAACUGAAGAGGCAGCAAUUGCUCAGAGCACCUGCCUUGCAAAGACUUCUCAUUGAGCUGCAUUGGGAAGUCUGUGAUUAGACAGCCACAGAUAGUCUUCGUGGGGGUAGAAGGGGAGGGCUUGCAAAGGCAGCAGACAAGAGAGCUGCAGUUUUUGCAAGCUGUUUUUAGAUGUAACGCCAAUUGAAAAAUGUAUAAUUAAAUGUAUGAAAGUUAUAAUUUGGGGUAUAUCUACUAAAUAUGUGCUUUUAUGUAUUUUGGGCAGUGGAGUGCCCUUUUAAAUCUGAAGUGUGGCACAAAUAAAUCCAAAUUGCAAAAUUCUGACUGAAUAAAAGUGGUGAUUCUAGCUAUUUGGAGACUCCUUUCAGGAUCAGGUAAUUGUUAUAUUUGGUUUUCAGUUGGCUCCAUUUCAGAGUUUAGUAAAUAUUCCUGAUAGAGUGCUCAUAUAAUAGAUUCUAGUUGUUUCUUGUGUAAAUCAUGCUCGGGAUCUACUGACAAUAAAGAGAGUCAACCCACACUCUCCAUGCCAGAGUACCUCUAUCAUGUCUGUAUGACAGAUCCACUUAAAUGCUAAUACAUCAGCCCACUAAAUGGUAUUACCUGCCAGUGUGGCAGACCAAUAUAUUACUUUUUUUUUUUUUUUUUUUCUGCUGGCUCAUCAAAAAACAUUUACACUCUUUCCUGCCAGACAGAUGCCCCAACUGACAUGUAAUCCUUACCAUGCCCGAGACAGACUAAAUUCAUGGUAUUAAUCCACCCCCUGUAAGAAAGUCAGACUACUUUACUGAAACAUUAAACUCCCUUCCUGAACCAACAAAACAUAGAGCCCUAUGAAGGAACAUCUUAGCGGAGGUGGGGAGUUAUAUGGAGUGCACAUGGCACAUUAUAGUAGCUUUCUCCUCCGAUGUAUAUGGAUGAUAGGUUGACUUAUAAGGGCAGAUUUUCUUCUUUCAUGCAAGUAAUUGUGCAAAGGGAUGGAAUGCUUGGUGUGUGCACCUUAAUUCCUGUAAAGAGAGUUUUAUGUGCUUCCCCCUCCCCCCCCCACCCCCCCUCUAUGUAUCCCAUAUAGUACAAUUUAAGCUUAUUGCAUCAUCUUCCAUUACAGAGUUUACAGCAGACAUGACGGAGCCAGAGCUUUUGUUGGACUCUAACAUCCGUUUAUGGGUGGUUCUUCCAAUUGUGUUCAUCACAUUUUUUGUGGGAAUGAUCCGCCAUUAUGUCUCCAUCCUGCUUCAGAGCGACAAAAAACUAACACAAGAACAAGUAUCAGACAGGUAAAGUAUAUGUCUCUCUCUGAUACAAGACAGCAAUAUGGUUACAAUGGGUCUUGGUCGUUACAAUUAUUGGAGUGAGCACAAAGGGACACUCCAAACUUAGCAUAAACCAUAACUAGUAGAGCAUAUUUUGGGAUCUGCACAUGCCUUGUCACUCCCAACCGCUGACACCACCAAGGAACAGCAAUGGAGCAAAGCCAGCUAUUUCUUUCACUGGAAGUUCCGGCAUUCCUGCUCCCAUCCACUAGUCCACCAGGUAUAGUGCGGUGUCUGUUGGUGACUUUUGAACUGUAAAUUUAAUCCAAAGUGAGAUCCCCUUGAAAACGCGUGUUACAUAUUUAAGUAGGGCUUUUAUCUGUCCAACUAAUGGUAACAAAGAUGUUUUUUGUACUGAGGGAUUUAUCUGUUAGAGGUAAAUGUUUGCUUACUCACUGUGUAAGAAAAAUGAAAGUUGGUUAUCAUUUUAAAAGGUGCCCAGACUUUAACAGAGUAACCUCCAGGUGCCCACUUACAGGUCCUGUGGUGCAUUACUGUAUAUACUUAAAUUACAGACUAUAGUGAAUCCUGUGGCAUUACAACAUCCAGCACUAUACAUAUGCAAAUUAGUUUAACAAAGAAUAAUUUGCAUGUGCCAACCCAGAAUCCUCUGCGGUAAUAACAUGACUGCAGAUUUGUGAUUUCUGUGGGAAAAGCAAGUCUUAUGGCUUGACUGGUGUGCAGAUUUUUGUUAAAUGUUGUAUAUAGAUAUGUAUAUCUUUGCUCCUUGGGUCUCAUUGGGAAAUUUUCAUGCAGCCUACCUGAGGAAAUGAUUCAGUCUGGUUUAUGUAUGUAAUAAUCUUCUUGUUCUCUUCCAGUCAAGUGCUGAUUCGAAGCAGAGUACUUCGGGAAAACGGCAAAUACAUUUCUAAGCAGGUACCAAGUAGUGCAUGCACUCCUGAUGUGCGGAGUUUAUUACUAUGGGAGUUAUGUGUCUGUUUUUUGUUUUCUUCCUCUUUUUUUUUUUUUUUCAUAAUUAUUUAACCCCUUAAGGACCGAGGACGGUUCAGGACCGUCAUCGGCAUUUUUGCGUUGCCGACCGAUGACGGUCCUGAACCGUCCUAACGGUCAGAGCUACUUACCUGAUCGCCGUCGUUCCCCCGGCGGCGAUCAGCGUGGCUCCGGUUGUGGGGAGACUGCCUGCAGCCCAGACAGUCUCCCCACGGCAGAUUAGGACCCCCUGUGGCCAUGUGAUCGCUUAACACAGCGAUCACAUGGUCACAAUAGGUGUCCAUGUGUCUGCCUGCAGGGGGACUGUCUGUGCUGACAGGCAGUCUCCCUGCUAGUGUAAAAUCAGAAGUGUUUAGUGUUAAUAAAAAAAAUAAAAAUAAUUAUAUAUGUGUACAUAUGAUAUAUAGACAUAUAUUAUAUCUAUAUAAUAUAUGUCUAUAUAUCAUAUAUAUAAUGCCAUACUAAGUGUAUUUUUAUAUUAAUAUGUACUUAUAUUAAUAUCAAAAUACACUUAUAAUUAAAUUACACACGUAUAUAUAUAAUAUAUAUAAUAACUAUAUAUAUUGUGUAUAUAUAUUAUUAUAAAAUAUAAAUAAUAAGUAAUUUAAAUUAAAUAAAAAAAUUUUUAAAUAAUAAAAAAUUUUAAAAAAAUUAUAUAGCUAUAUGAAAUUUUAUUCUAACUGUAUUUUAAAAUUAAUAUAUAUAUAUUUAUAUCAAAAUACACUUAGAAUGAAUUUGUAUAUAUCUAUGUAUAUAAAAAUAAAUAAAAAUAAUACGAAAUAUACAUAUGUCCAUAUACAAAAUUACAUAAAUAAUUAUAUAAAUAUACACGUAGACUUCAAAUAUAUAAAUAUGCAUAUAUAUUUAAAUUCUACGUGCGUAUUUAUGUAAUAUUUUACAUAAUUCAGUAAUUUUAUUGAUUGCAAUUUGAGGGACCUGCCUGCCAACCCAGGCCGAAAUUCCAGAGAAUUUAAUUUGCUAGCACUGUAUUUUACCCUGUAACGUUCUAUGACACCCUAAAACCUGUACAUUGGGGGUACUGUUUUACUCGGGAGACUUCGCUGAACACAAAUAUUAGUGAUUCAAAACAGUAAAACAUAUCACAGUGAUGAUAUUGUCAGUGAAAGUUACUUUCUUUGCAUUUUUCACACACAAACAGCACUUUUACUGAUGAUAUAAUUGUUGUGAUACGUUUUCCUGUUUUGAAACACUAAUAUUUGUGUUCAGCAAAGUCUCCUGAGUAUAACAGUACCCCCCAUGUACAGGUUUUAUAGCAUUUUGAAAGUUACAGGGUCAAAUAUAUGGGUCAAAUAUUUUUACAUUGAAAAUGGCCAGGUUGGUUACGUUGCCUUUGAGAGCGUAUGGUAGCCCAGGAAUGAGAAUUACCCCCAUGAUGGCAUACCAUUUGCAAAAGAAGACAACCCAAGGUAUUGCAAAUGGGGUAUGUCCAGUCUUUUUUAGUAACCACUUGGUCACAAACACUGGCCAAAAUUAGCGUUCAAUUUAGUUUUUUUACUUUUUUCACACACAAACAAAUAUGAAUGCUUACUUUGGCCAGUGUUUUCGACUAAGUGGCUACUAAAAAAGACUGGACAUACCCCAUAUUGAAUACCCUGGGUUGUCUACUUUAAAAAAAUAUGUACAUGUGGGGUGUUAUUCAGAGAUUUAUGACAGAUAAUAGUGUUACAAUGUCACUAUUGAUAAAUUUAAAAAUGUAUGUUUUGAAACCGCAAUAUCCUACUUGUACCUAUAGCCCUAUAACAUGCAAAAAAAAAGCAAAAAAGCACGUAAACACUGGGUAUUUUUAAACUCAGGACAAAAUUUUGAAUCUAUUUAGCAGUUUUUUUCAUUCGCUUUUGUAGAUGAGUAAAAGAUUUUUCAAGUAAAAGUCAAAAAACAUGUAUUUUUUUCAAUUUUUCAUCAGAUUUUUGUAUUUUUUUAAAAUUAAAAUACAUGAGAUUAUAUAAAUAAUGGUAUGUAAAGAAAGCCCCUUUUGUCCUGAAAAAAACAAUAUAUAAUUUGUAUGGGAACAGUAAAUGAGAAAGCGGAAAAUUACAGCCAAACACAAACACCACAAAAGUGUAAAAAUAUGCCUGGUCGCAAAUGUACAACAUCGCAAAAACAGUCCAGUCCUUAAGGGGUUAAGACUGCUCAGAGUGGUAAAUGUUUAUUUUUAUUAAAAUGAACCUAUUGCCUAAAUGUAAACUUUAAUAACUUUAAAAAACUUGUUUUUUUUUUUUUUUUUUGCUUACCAAAAUUUUUAAUUUUUGGAACUUCAUAGUGGUUUCUAGAUACUCCAUUCUUCCUAACGGUUCCAUCAUUGCCAGUUGCCCACCUCCCUAGGCAUGAUUGUUUUUCUUAGUCCUGCCUCUCUUUCCCACAGCUGGCAUUGCUCUUCUGAUGACACUGAUGUGCUGGCUUCACUGCCAGCACAUCAGCCCAUUGAACAGAGUAUGUCAGACGUCACUCGCUUCCUUUUUAUUCUUAAAGUGCUGGCUUGAGCUACAGGGGGAGAGUACAAUCUCAUUUGUAGUAUAUUGUUAGCAAGACUAAAUACAUAAAGAGAAUCAACACCGUAAAGGAGGAGACUAUAUUUAAAAGAAGGAGAACUACCACAACAAUAGGACAUAGUCUUAAAUUAGAGGGACAAAGGUUUAAAAAUAAUAUCAGGAAGUAUUACUUUACUGAGAGGGUAGUGGAUGCAUGGAAUAGCCUUCCAGCUGAAGUGGUAGAGGUUAACACAAUGAGGGAUUUUAAGCAUGCGUGGGAUAGGCAUAAGGCUAUCCUAGACUUAAGCUAAGGCCAGGGACUAAUUAAAAGUAUUUUGAAAUAUUGGGCAGACUAGAUGGGCCGAAUGGGUCUUUUCUGCCGUCACAUUCUAUGUUUCUAAGUAUACUAGGACCCACUCAAUUAAACAAAUGAAGCUGGUGGUAAGAACUGCCUACACUCCGCCAGUAGGUGUUGACUAAGGCAGACAGACAGACAGACAUCGAGAGGGAGAGUGUGUUUAGCAGCAUUUUUUUACACAAAUCUGUACGUUUACUAGUUGGCUAGCACAAUGUUUAAAUGAAAUUCGAAGAGAAUUCCAAUUAUGGAAAGUGUAACACCAUGACAGAUACCCUUUAAAGCAGAUCAAAACUAUACAUGCAUUAUAUUAGAUUGCUAAUACGCAGCUUUAUACUUUUCGUGCUUAAGUAAACCAAUGUCUUUGCUUUCCAGUCCUUUUUGAUGAGGAAAUUCUUCUUCAAUAAUGCAGAAGAUGGAUUUUUUAAAAAGACAAAGAGGAAAGUUGUUCCCCCUUCUCCCAUGACAGGUACAGAAAAACGAAUACAUCUGCAUUUUAAACAUUUUUGUAAAGCUUGUAUAAUCCAUGUAGUGCAGAAUACACUCUCAUUUGAUAAGAAUUACCUGGAUAAAACAACGGUGUUUCCUUAUUUUUCAUAACAUAAUCUCAAUGAAUGUGUAAUUGAGGCAGGAGUGUCUGGAUUCCAUCUACCUUCAGUUUAAAUUGUUUUUCAGCAGUUUAACACCAUAGGUGCAGUCCUCUGCAUCCUUUCUUCCUCUCUCCAGUCACUACAGUAAUCAGGAUGAUUUGCUAGGCAGCCGCUGAGAGCAGCAGAUAGCACUCUGUCUUUCACUUGAGAGUAAUAGUACAUAUUGAGAAUAAUAUGCUCCUGACGAUGGCGUACUCACACGCCGAAACGUGCGUCUUGCUAUUUGUUUAUUUUUUCACCUUUAUUCACUAGGUAGCACUAUGCACUAUUUUUAGUUAGUUAGUGUGUUUAUCUUAGUGGAGGAAGGGACAGAGGUUUCGGUAGGCAUUAGUGGAUGUUCCACUGUGCCGAGGUACUUCAGGGUCAGCCCGGCUACUCUAUUUAUAUUUGGCUUUGGGGAUUCUUGCAGGAGGGGAGGGGGGCUCUCUCCCACUUUUGCUUGGGUUUUUUUUCUCUCCAUAUUACCUUGUUUAGCCUUACCCAUCUGUGUAGGCAGGCUGUCAUUUUUGCAGCACUUCUGUAGCCUUAUUAGCAGUUUAAAUUUACUGGCUAAUUGCAGCCUCUUUAGGUUUUGCCCUUCCUCUUUUUGGUAUAUGCAUUUUUACUGUUCCCCUUAGUACUAUUAAAGGUAGGGCUUCCUCCUGUUAUCCUCCUAUUUGGACUUGUGUCUGUAUUUCUCUUUCAUAUUGAGAAUAAGUUGCUAUGGGGAUGGUACUGUUCCUUUAAGGCUUCCUUGUUAUGCUGUGUGUUUAUGUAAAUACAAUUUUUCUAAGUAUGCAGAUUGCUACACGACUUCCGCACUAUACAGUCUACAGUUUCCAAAGUAACUUUUGGGGGGGGGGGGAAAGUAUAUGUAUAUUUGUAUAUUUCUAUGAAUAGGUGUGCAAUAAAUUAAUAAAUAUAUAUUACACACAUUCUAUUUUUUCUUUUUUGUGUGUAUGUGUACUCCUAGCCUUAAGUUUAAAUGUGUGGUACAGAGCUUAGCCUGACUUCUUUUUUGUGUUUGUUUUUUGUUCUUUUCAGAUCCAACAAUGUUAACAGACAUGAUGAAAGGAAAUGUUACAAAUGUUCUUCCAAUGAUUCUCAUUGGUGGCUGGAUUAAUAUGACCUUCUCUGGGUUUGUGACAAGUAAGUUUGGUGCAGUAUGGAUUGGGAACAUGUUGGACUUUAAGACAGGAGGAUUGCUCUCUCAAGUUAUGCCUUAAUAAAACGUACGAUAAAUUAACCUUUAUUCAGAAAUUAACACGACAUAGACGGCCACUCUUAAUGUGCUGUGAUUUAUUUAUCAUUUACUUGAAUUACUUAGUGCUGGCAGACGUUGCCUAUUUAUGCUAAGAGGCUUUUGUCAGUUUAAUAAGAUUACAAAAGCACAAUGGCUUGUUGACUUGUCCUGUAGUGUUAAAACUGCGGUGCCCUGCUGCUUAUUCAGCAUUCUAUAUCUUGUAAUCAAAAAUGUAAAACAUUGGAAAGCUGAGCAGGUAAAGCAUAAUAUAUUAGUGACCUUAUUCUAAAGAAACCACCAUUGUGUAGGUAAACUGCUGUACUGUAGCAGGAGGAGGCACAAGAUUGUUUGUAAACUAAGCUACCAAGGCAUCUGUUCAUUAGCCUGAAUAUAGGUAAAAUACAAAAGAAAACAAGUGAUUACAACACAAACAAGUUGAGACAAACUGACAUGCCAAGAGUAGAUGCUCUUUCUACUUCAAUCCUCCUCUUUAACAAAGGAAUCCGAUUACUCCUCUAAUGGCAGAACAGUAUUUUCUGUUUCGUCUUUGCUCGCAAACUCCAGAAACAUUGACAGUUGUUGGUAUAACUAUAUUUUUAUUUUUACACAGUAUAGGUAAUAAAUCCACCAGUAGAAUGUGACCGUAAUGACUGGAUGUCAUAUAUGAAAUAGUUGAAUAUAUACUUUUUUUUUUUUGGCAUUUAUUAUAUUGCCUUUAUUUUGACUGUUGUGCAAUUGCAUCACUUGUGUGGUAAACAUUCUUCCUAACAAAGCAUAAAAACUGUUUAAUAGUCCAGUGUUUGAGUUGUUCUACAACAUUGACAUAUGAUGCUAUGCACUACUAGACUAACUACGUUUCAUACAGUGUCAUGUCUUUACCUGCUAGGACAGUUUAUCUAUCUGAUGAUGAAUCUACUACUAUACUUUAUACUAUAAUGUAUCCACUGUCAUUGUUUGUUCUGUUUAGCUAAAGUGCCAUUUCCAUUGACUCUACGAUUCAAACCUAUGCUGCAGCAAGGAAUAGAGCUAUUGUCUUUGGAUGCUUCCUGGUAAGGAAAAUAAAUGUUUAAUAUACGUUUACUAUAGGAAGAACCUUGAUCUUCUUUGUGAAUGCUAAAGUACUUGUGGCAUCUGUAUAUUUCUAAAAUAGUGUCUCUGAUUCUGCAGUUCUGGUUGAUUUUGUGUUAGUCAUUGGGUUUCUGAAACCUCACACUGACAUUUUCUCAUAACAUGUGAGUGAACCUCAAUAACAUUUCCUUGUUAUCUGACUGUCCACCAAAUGCAAACGGAAUGAGAAGAGAUGCAUAUCACACCUCAGUGACUUAGGUUCAUAUACUGAUUUGGAUCUAAUUACAAAUGUUUUUUAUAUAUAUAUAAUUACAUUACACAAAAAUGCUUGCACUCUUGGUACCAAUACAGUUCUUGCCCGGUACUGAUCCAGCAAAAAGAUGCAAAUGUUCCAGUAAACAGACAGGACUCCAGGGACUUUCAGAUGAAAUAAAAUAUAGCUUUUAAUUUAAAAAUAAAAAUUACACAUCAAUGUUUCGGCUCUCCUUUGGAGCCUUCUUCAGGAUGACAAACAUAUAUAUAAAAUUACAAACUGAAACCAUGCUAUAUGAUGAAAAUUAUUCUAACAAAGUGUAUACAGUAAAUAUUAACAGGGAUAUUUACUAAUGUAAGAAUUCAAAGUUAAUUGCCAAUUUAAGACAAAAAUAGCCGACCUGACAAAUUCUCUUAAGUCUGCUAUUCUUUCAGUGCAAGCAGUCUCACCGUAAACUUUAAAUUCACUAGUGAAUAACCUUGUAAGUGGUCAACCGUUUUUAUGGGUGGGCAAGUUUUUUUUUUUUUGUUGUUGUUUUUUUUUAAUCCUUGAGAAGGCUUUAUUCUGCUUGGCGGUUUCUAUGCUGCUCAAUCUCAAGGGAUUUAUAAGCAUAAAUUAUGAGUAAAAAAAUACCAAAGUGUCAGCUCUGUUAUAAUACGAAGAAGAAAAAAAAAGAAUAAAUAGCCACAUCAGAAGGAAUAAGAUUACUUUAGAUUACUAAUCUUAAAGAAAACAAGAUACUAUGAGAGAGUGUUACUGGGAAAAUUGGCAGCAAAAUAUAAUUGGUUAAAAUGAGAAGCAGGUAACUGGAAGGGCAGAGAGACCGCCAAAAGGGGAGUAAAAACAAAACACUAAGGGGAAAAGUUUGCAUAUUCAUGGAGCCAUUGUAGGCACAUCGCGAGUAAACAAUGGGGAACAGAGAGAUAUGAAGGGAGCAAAGCAAAGAAGAGCAAAUAAAACCAAAAUAAUCAAGAAAUAAAAACAUAAUAAGGUCGGGAAAAAAAAAUACUCUAAGCUGGGAACAACUCACCUGGAGGCAGGAGCAAAGAAAGAGAAAUUGGGGUGGAUCUUGAUGGGGUUUUUGUAUGCCUAUCUUCAUACUGGUUGGUUCUUUUGGUACUUUAUAUUAACUGUUUUUUGGUUGCUUGAGGUGUCCAGCAAAGAAGGCAAAAGAAAAUAUGAAGCCCCCUGUCUUGCUCUAAACGUGGCCCCUUACCUCUCCCACAACCAAGUAACUAAUUACAGUUCUAUCAGCAACUUGACAGAUUUGCAGCUUUCAGAAAUUUAGUAAUUGGGAAAAAUAAAUGUCCCAAGACCCCGCCUUUCUUUUCACCAACCCCCUUAAAAAUUAAACUAACCCCUUGGUGACAUAUUAUGUGUCACGACUAUCACAAAAAUGUGUGUUUAUUACACUUACAGUCCUAAAAUGUGAGACUGUUUAGUGCCAACUUGUGAUCACUCUAAUAGCGAAUCACAUGUGCAAGAUAGACAGGUAUGUGAUUUUAGUGUUUCAUAGAAACUAUUUGGGUGUUUAAACCAGAGUCCCACAAUAUCAAUUUUUUUAUUAAAAUUAUUUUAACUCCUUGAUUACUUUUGCUGAACCGUGAUUAAGACAAACGGUGCAGUAGUACCAGUUUGUGCUUAUAUUGGCAGAGAUCAGUCAUACAAAAGUGGCAAGAUGGCCUUAGUGAGUUACCAUGAGUGUAUGCUUUUUAUUAUAUAAUUUGUGUAGGACAUUUGAACUUGAGGAUUGUAAAGUGUCCCAAAAUUUGGCAUUUCUGUAUUCAGAAUUAGGGCAUUUUGCAUGCACUCUGAUCAAAACCUGCAGACACAAUGCAAAAAGUGGAAAAAAAUAUUCUACUACAAAGCUAUUAACUAAAAAUAGCUGUGUUAUAAAGCACAAAACACCCCUUAAACAUAACACAAUUUAAUUAACUUGAAUUCAUAACCCUGAUAGUUUUGAGUUUAGUCACCAUGAUCAUACUUGCAACCCUCAACUUGGCACAUUUUAAAAACGUUGGCCUUUAAAUGACCAUUCCACACCCUUAAAAUAUUUUUAGCUUGCUGAAACGCUUCAUGGGUGAGCGGCAUCCUAUUUUAACCCCAGUUUAUAAAAGUGCACGUAUUUGGAAAAUGGGCACUUUUAUAAUUCAGUUAUGCAACACACCCCCACCUCCCCAACUACCAAUCGAGCAGCAAGGGUGGUUUGCUUUCUCCUUCCGUUAGCUCCCCUGAGCUAACAGAAGAGGCAGCCAUACUUUACUUGUGCUUGUCUAUCUCUCCCUGCAUACUUAUGUUCUGACCUCAUACUGAAACACUGUUCAGUGAGUGCGUCAGUUCACUGCUGUCAGCCAAUGAAUGCAAAUCUAGGCAUGAAAACUUGCAUACGUUAAUUUGAAACUCCUGUUUCAGACUGGCUAUUGGCGCCUCAAUGAUGCUUGCCCGAGAUGGACUUCCGGAAGCAGAUGGCUUAAACUCUACAUGUGCAACAUUUCAUACUAAAACACUGCACAUACAGUUACCAUGAUCACUUCGCGUCACUGAAGUGGUCAUGGUGCUUGGAGUAACCCUUAAUAAACAAUAUGUAGAUUUCCUUGAAGUAAGAGAUGAAAAUGCACACAAUUGGUCCAGCGUCCAGUAGGGACAAAAUACAAGACAUCCCUGGUCCUCAGAGAGUUAAACCUUUCUUACUGCUGUAACCCUAUCCUCACUUUUGUUCUUGUUUGUUUGUGUUUCUUCUGCAGGGUGAGCUCGGCAUCAUGGUACUUUCUUAAUGUAUUUGGAUUGAGAAGCAUUUAUUCUCUUAUUCUGGGCCAAGACAAUGGUAACAAGUGAUUUAUGUUUCCCUUGACAGUGUUCAUUCUAAGUGAUAACUUAUGGUGCUCGAAAAUAUCAGUUACACCCAGUUACUUUAUUUAUAGUCAUAGGAGAAAUGUCUUGUUUGCAGAUUUUUCUGUAAAUAUUCAAACAGUGAAGAUAAAUAAUUGCAGAAUGUAUGAUGUCCUGUUAGGGAAUGAUUCACUGUACAAAAUAAACAUGUCUUUAAUGGGGAACUCCAUUGUGAUGCAUGAUCUAAUACCUGAGAAUUACCAUUAUCUGUGCUGUUUAUUAUUUUGUGUAUAUGUUUCACAUAAACCCUAUAAUUGUUAUUUUAUGGGUUAACCCGUGUGUGCUGUAACUCUCUUGUUGUUUGUAUUUCACAUUAAACCUCUCUGUGUUGCCUCAUCAGCCGCAGAUCAGUCGAGAGUGAUGCAAGAACAGAUGACUGGAGCAGCUAUGGCAAUGCCGGCAGACACCAACAAGGCGUUUAAGGUAUUAAUCUUUGUUUGGUGGGCUGCCAAAUUAUGCAUGCAACAUUCCACAAUGCAAUGAAAACCUCCAAAUUAUAAUUUUUAUGUUGUCACUUAUGUUUAGGCUAAAGUAGUCAAGAGUUUACAAUAAAUUCAAGUGAAUAAAGGGGUUUCCUGCAUUUGUAACAUAAUUGACAGCUCAUCACAACUGGCUGUUUUGUAAAAUAUAAUAUAAAAAAAAUAUGAUAUAGUGAGACUUAUUUGCUAAUCCUCUUGCUUCAAAGAGUUUAAAACCAAUCUAUGUUGCAUCUUUACAGAAACUCUCUUAAAUUACAAAACAUGAUAUGCAUUUUACAUUUUAAAAAUGUUUAACUUUCAAGCUUGCUUCUAUUUUAAGAACAAUAUAAAAAAAAUAUAAUAAGCAGGUAUCUGGUACUGGGUUGAGGCAGUCAUUGCAAACCUGUCAACACUGACAUUAACAUUUUGAGAAAAACAUUUGUCUGCUAUUAAACCAGAAUGUGUGCAGUGCUCUGUUGGCAUUAUCCUUAUCAAACAGUGUAAGCCUUUUUAACUAGCUAAUAGUCUACAUCUGUAUUUCAUAUAUGUAAGUAUGAUGGCUGUUAAAAUUAACUAAAUACUUUAAUGCAUUGCAAUCUUAUAGUGUAAAAUUUGUCUAGUUACAUUUUAUCUAUCAAUACUAUGCCCAACAAACAUUGUGUCUGGUUUGAGAUACAAAAUAUUAACAUCAUUAAUAGGUUCAUUCUUUAAAGCAAGCAUUUUGGGGAAAUUAAACUAUAUUUGAAAUUUUAGACUAGGUUGGAAAAAUUCUGGAGCUGCUUUCAGUUGGUGACAUUCCAGAGUCCUAAAGCUUUUUAGCUUCCUGAAAUGCUUUGUGUGAAGAGUGUGGAACUUUUAUAAAUUAACACAGUAACACUCCACCCCCUGGCUUGCAAGCAGACAACAUGCCCUGUAACUUUCUGGCUUGGUUAGCACAGUGGAGCUAAAUUUAAGAGGCAGAUUGCUUCCCAGAGCACUUGCCUUGCAAGGACUUCUCAUUGAGCUGCAGUGUGGCAUAUCUAAUAAACAAUAACUGUAUUUUCCCAUUUUGGAAGUGGAGUGGUACUUUAAGCUGUUUUGGAUUACAAUUUAAAUUCACUUUAAAUUUCCACUUUAGUAAAUAUGACUGUCAGACAUCAUAUUUUCUAUCCGUCUGUAUUAGAGUAGAUUACAAUAGGAAGCAGCCUGUUGCUCUGCCACUGGCUGUUGACUAACAAGAAAAGCUGAAUAAUUACAGUACUGCUCACCAAACAUUUAAAACCAAAAUAAUCAAACUGGUGUCUUUCUCCAAGUCUACUUAGUAGUAGACUUGGUAUACUUUCAAUCUGGCUAUUUUGCCCUUAAAUUUAAAAUUCACUUUGCAUUCUCACUUUAGUAAAUAACAAUGUGUUAUUUUAAUGCAGUGGUUAUGUCUCAAGCCUGAAACUUUAAAUUUGUGUUAUUCCCCCCAGACUGAAUGGGAAGCACUUGAGCUGACUGACCACCAGUGGGCGCUAGAUGAUUUGGAAGAUGAGCUGAUGGCCAAGGAUCUGAACUUCGAGGGGAUGUUCAAGAAAGAGCUACAAACAUCCAUAUUCUAAUACUUGAGCUGCCUUUUGGAAACUUUUGCCCUACAGAGUUUACAUUUGUCUUGUUUACCUGCUUGUACUGCUUAUUUUAUAAAGAUGCAGGUGCAGCUUGCAUCAUACGUUUGUGGUACAGCAGAGAAAGCAGUUGGCUUAGCAGAACCCUUUUUCUGACUUUAAAUCAAUGUUCCGUAGAUUUCCUUUUCUGGUACUACUGAUUCAUUUACAUACCGUUACUUGCUGUAGAAUAGAUCCAGGUGUUUCACAACAGUCUUGAGUAAUAAUUUUAGAAGUUUGGAGCUGUAAUCCAGACUGUACAUUUUUGACCUUUUAAUGCAAGACUGUACGUAAAUAAAUUAUAGCGCAAAGCAAGAAAAAAACAAGGCAUAUUUAACAUUUCCACUGGAUAAAACCAGAAUCAUGUUCAGAAAUAGGAACUGUGCCUUUAAACACUAUACUUAGAAUGUCUUUGUUUUUUUUCUUCAUAUUUUCUUUUCUUUUUUUUUAUCACUGUGAAGCAGAAAAAAAGAAUCCAUCCGUUUAUUCUGCCUUUAAAUCAGAUCACUAGAUUACAUUCCAUUGAAGAGGGACAGCAAUAUUCCCUUAAUGAGACAGGAUCACUCAAUAAAAUGUGAAUUGUCGUGAAUUCAAAGAGCCUUUCAAACUGUAUAAACCCCUGUCUGUUUCCAGUUUGCCUAUUUUGUCUUAAACAUUUGAAUUCCAGACAGUUGACACUUUACUGAAUAUCCUGCCAGUGUUUACUUUGCUAUAACCACUCUUAUUUCAAAGCGGAGUAGCCUAACUGCAUCAUUAACAUGGGGGAUACAAAUAAAACAUUAUAGGAAGAGAACUCCAAGGCAGAACUUCAGACUCGUUGGCAUGGUAUAUCUGUUUGAUAUGGUCUGCUCAUGAAGUGUUCUUUUUUUUUUUUUUUCUUUAUUGAAUAUCUGAGAUAUUUAUCUUCAGAAUUUGGUCAAUACGGUAGACAGGAGUCUGUCAACACCUUAUCAAUGCACAUACUGUAUUUAUUUAUAUUCACUUUUUUUUGCCUAUUUAAACUUUAUACAAUAUUGUUAUUUUGAAGUAACUAAAGUAGACCGACUUUUUUAAAAUGCUUUUCCUGUGGUCCAGUCUCUAAAAUGUACUUUUAUUUUUCUCUGUAAUUUAAAAAUAAACAAUUUCACCGUACAUUA